CAUUGUUCAACAACUACUAUAAUGGCAGCAAAAAGGCAAUGUUCGUAUCCUAUUUAACUCUUUAUUACUCACUUCUUUCAUUACUCCCUCUGGUACGCCCACCCUUUUACAGCAAAUGUUUCCUCUGCUCUCUAUUUUCGUUAUUAUUCUUGGGCUUCUUAAACAACUGCCCAUGUCCCUGUCUCUCCCUGAACCUCAACAAAAUGAACAGGCGCAACCCCUUUUGCAACCAACUCAGUGCAAUGAGAAAUGUGGGAGCUUUAAUAUCUCUUUCCCAUUUUAUUUGAACACUUCAUGUGGGUCGGUUUCUGAUGCUUUUCAUCUCUCAUGCUCCAACUCCACCAUUCCUUUCCUCAAUAUUGCUUCUGAAAGCUAUCGGAUUCUCGAAUUCUUCACUGAUGGUGUACUGGUCGACUUUCCAGGUCUCUCUUCCUGUCGUCAGUAUAAGGAUUUGCAUGCCUUCAGUUUUUCCAGAAGUAAUUACUUCAGCGUGUCGGUUGACAAUGUCAUUGGGUUGUAUGAUUGCGAGGAUUCUUCUUUAUGCAAAGCAGAAUGCGAAACAAUUAACAUGCCCGGUUGUGAUGGCAGUGAUGCUUCCCCUGCCUGCUGCUAUCCACUUUCUGAUCAUAGUAUAUGGCAUAUUGGAGAUGGCUUUACCGUUUUUUCCAAGUUUGGGUGCAGAGGGUUCGGAAGUUGGGCUGUUCUGAGGGGGGCUAGUGCAGGUAAGCGUGGAGUUAAGUUGGAAUGGGCUAUUCCAAGGAAUUCAUCAAGGGGAGCAUGUGCUAGCAAUGGAUAUAUUGUGAAUGCUACAGGAAUUGAAGCAGGGGUAAGGUGCUUGUGUCAAGAUGGGUUUUCUGGCGAUGGAUUUGCAAAUGGAGUAGGGUGCUUGAAGUCAUGCAUUAAGGACGGACGGGAAGCAUUCGGGACUGACUGCUACGAUAAACAAACCAGUGGAAGGAAAGUCGUGAUUGUGGCUGGAGUUCUGGCUUCGGUUCUGAUAGUUGCCUCAUUGACUGCACUUCUCUAUCUAAUCAAGCGGCAUGUUAAGCAGGGGAAAUUUGACACGGACCAGGCAUACUUUCACAGCACCAUCUCAUUCCGCAAAGCAUGUAGGACUCGAUUAUUCAAUUACCAUGAGCUGGAUCAUGCCACUAAAGGGUUUGAAAAGGGUCAAACACUUGCAGCUGGCAGUAAUGGUUCAAUUUAUGCCGGGAUUCUUGGGGAUAGAUCCCACAUAGCUGUGCUUAAGUUACACUGUGACAAUGAAAGAGAUUUACUUCAAGUUCUAUCCCAAAUCGAGGUGUUAUCCCUCAUUCAACACCGGAAUAUAGCUCGUCUCCUUGGAUGCUGUAUCGAUGCUGGCUAUGCCCCACUUGUGGUCUAUGAGUAUCCUGCAAAUGGUACUUUGGAGGAACAUUUACUUCAUAGUAGAGAACAUAACAUUGGUCUUGACUGGUACAAGAGGUUGCACAUUGCGGCUGAAACAGCUAGUGUUCUUGCAUUCCUGCAAAGUGAGAUUUCUCCUCCCAUCUACGACCAUUAUCUCAGAUCCAGUUGCUUGUUUUUAGACGAUGAUUUUUUAGUGAAGAUUGCCGGGCUCGGUCUACUCACCUCAAGCAUUGGGAAUGGGUCUGAUUUGCACAAAAGUGAUGUUUAUAACUUGGGAGUUCUUCUUCUCCAGAUUAUUUCAGGCUCAAAUCACUUUGACAUGCCAACUGUAGCUUUGAAAAAAAUAAAGUGUGGAAAGCUAGAGGAGAUUGUGGAUCCAUUCCUUUAUUAUCACGAGCAACCGCCUUUUCGUCGAGAGCAAAUAGAGAUAGUUGCAGACCUUGCAACGAGGUGUUUGUUGUUUGGUAGAGAUGGAAAACUUGGUAUGAUGGAUGUUGCAAGGGAGUUGGUACAUAUUACUAAAGAAAGCAUUGAUGGAGGUAGUGGGAGGGGUCCUGCUCUAGAGGAAACAUUUUCGAAUUCCAGCCUCCUCCAAAUGAUAUCAAUGUCUCCUGAUUCUAUACACGUUCCCUGAAUCGUUCAAAAUUGGUUGUUCAUGUCAGCAACAAAAAGCUGAGACUCUACUGAAUUUGGGAACUCAAUUUAAGGAUGUGAAUGUCGCUGAUUCUGCUAGUGUGUGUAACUUGCAUGUGUAAACAUGUGUAUGUUUUUCAGAGAUUCUAAGAAAAUUAAGAACAUUUGUAAAAUUAGAAGAAGAUGAAUAUUACGGGUCUUGUCAGGGAUUUUAUUUUUUGUAAGUGGAUGGGAAGGAAUCA